AUGCAAGUCGAGAAUUGCAUCUCGCCUGCGAGUAAUCUCUCCAAGAAAUUUAUGAAUGUGGGCAGUGGCUUUUCGAGCUCCGAUGGAUCAGAGCUUUCGUUGCAGGACCAUCCUAGUAUAUCUGCAAGUGACAACCUGGAGAGAAGUUCACCUCUGAAAAAAAACUCCAGGGAGAUGACGAAUCAGUCAGAGGCAGACAAUUUUCCCGACUCCAAGGACGCAUCAGGGGACGUACAGAGGGGCAAACUCUCUCCUGAUCUUCACGGAGUCUCUGACAUCCGUCAUAAUUUCGAUGGAUCUGCAGGAGAAAGGUGCAUCUUUUCUCCAUCUACCCAGCCACAGUCUGUCUCAGCAGCUCCCAGUGCCAUGUUUCCUUAUCCGAGCCAGCAUGGACCAGCGCACCCGGCUUUUUCUAUUGGAAGUCCCAGCCGCUACAUGGCCCAUCACCCGGUCAUAACUAAUGGAGCUUACAACAGCCUUCUGACCAACACUUCUCCUCAAGGCUACCCAGCGGCUGGCUACCCGUACGCUCAACAGUAUGGACACACUUACCAAGGAGGGGCUUUUUACCAGUUCUCCUCGGCACAGGCUGGACUGGUUCCGGGAAAAGCGCAGGUGUAUCUGUGCAACAGGGCCCUGUGGCUGAAGUUUCACAGACACCAAACAGAGAUGAUCAUCACAAAGCAAGGGCGACGAAUGUUCCCAUUUUUAAGCUUCAACAUUUCUGGCCUUGACCCAACUGCUCACUACAAUAUAUUUGUGGAUGUUAUACUUGCUGAUCCAAAUCACUGGCGAUUUCAAGGAGGCAAGUGGGUGCCAUGUGGAAAAGCUGACACAAAUGUAAUAGGAAAUAGGGUUUACAUGCACCCGGACUCACCAAAUACCGGUGCGCACUGGAUGCGUCAAGAAAUAUCAUUUGGAAAGCUAAAGCUUACAAACAAUAAAGGUGCCUCCAACAACACCGGACAGAUGGUGGUUCUACAGUCUCUCCACAAGUACCAACCAAGGCUCCAUGUGGUGGAAGUAAACGAGGAUGGGACAGAGGACACCAGCCAACCAGGGAGAGUCCAGACUUUCACCUUCACAGAAACGCAAUUCAUCGCAGUCACAGCUUAUCAGAAUACCGAUAUUACGCAACUGAAAAUCGACCACAAUCCGUUUGCUAAAGGAUUUCGGGACAACUAUGACACUGUCUACACAGGCUGCGACAUCGACCGCCUAACUCCAUCACCGGGUGACUCUCCGCGUUCACAGAUCGUGCCGGGUGCGAGAUAUGCCAUGCAUAGCUCUUUCCUGCAGGACCAAUUUGUCAGCACUUAUGCCAAAUCUCGCUUUCACCCUGGCGUGGGGACUGGUCCUGGCACGGAGCGCAGCGUCCCACUCGGCAACAGCUUGCUAUCCCCGCAGCAAACCGAGGAGCCCAGUGUUGCCACCCCCCCGCAGCGAUGGUUUGUCACCCCUGCCAACAACCGACUGGACUUUGCUGCCUCGGCAUACGACGCCGCUGAUUUCGCCGGUAACGCGGCCACCUUGCUGUCCUACGCAGCGGCCGGAGUGAAAGCUCUUCCCCUGCCGACUGCAGGCUGCUCCAACCGGCCUCUUGGCUAUUACGCAGACCCGUCAGGCUGGGGAGGACGCACGCCGCCGCAGUACUGUGGCGUAAAUAGCAAAUCCAGCUCGGUGUUUUCCUGUUGGCCCGCUAACUCUAUCGGUGGCAGAGCAGGCACCAACUACCUGGCCGAGGAAGGAGACUCCAUCCCGACGGAGAGGUCACCCAUCGGCUCUGAGGAGACCAAACCCAAAGACAUGACAUCAGAGUCGAGCUGGAUAGAGACGCCUUCCUCCAUUAAGUCCAUUGAUUCAAGCGAUUCUGGUAUCUUUGAACAGGCCAAGAGGAGAAGAAUUUCACCUUCUGCCACGCCGGUUUCAGAGACAGUGUCCCCGUUAAAAUCUGAGCUGCUGCCCCCGAGAGAGUGUGAGAAAAACUGCACAAAGGACAUUGGUUAUUACAGUUUCUAUCCUCACAGUUAA